AUGGAUUACCCAGUGAAUGGGAACCACACUGCAAUGACUGGGUUCAUUUUAUUGGGCUUAACAGAUGAUCCAGUCCUUCGAGUCAUCCUCUUCGUGAUCAUUCUAUGCAUCUACCUGGUGACCUUAUCUGGCAAUCUCAGCACAAUCGUUCUUUUGGCUUUUGCUGACAUAGGCUAUUCAUCUUCUGUCACACCCAAUAUGCUUGUAAACUUCCUGGUGGAGAGACAGACAAUCUCCUAUAUUGGAUGUGCCAUCCAGCUUGGUUCAACUGCUUUCUUUGGGACAGUCGAAUGCUUCCUUCUGGCUGCCAUGGCAUAUGAUCGCUUUGUGGCAAUCUGCAACCCAUUGCUUUAUUCAACUAAAAUGUCCACAGAAGUUUGUGUCCAGUUACUUGCAGUGGCUUACAUAGGUGGUUUUCUCAAUGCUAUCUCCUACACUUUUUCCUUCUAUUCUGUAUUCUUCUGUGGACCAAAUCAAGUGAAUCAUUUUUUCUGUGAUUUUGCUCCUUUACUUCGACUCUCCUGUUCUGAUGUCAGCGUCUCAGCAAUUGUCCCCUCAUUUACUGCUGGUUCCAUUGUUGUGGUCACAGUGUUUGUCAUAGCUGUCUCCUACAUCUACAUCCUCAUCACCAUCCUGAAGAUGCGCUCCACCGAGGGGCGCCACAAGGCCUUUUCCACCUGCACCUCCCACCUCACUGCGGUCACUCUGUUCUAUGGGACCAUCACAUUCAUUUAUGUGAUGCCCGAGUCCAGCUACUCAACAGACCAGAACAAGGUGGUGUCUGUGUUGUACACGGUGGUGAUUCCCAUGUUGAAUCCCCUCAUCUACAGUCUCAGGAACAAGGAAAUUAAGGGGGCUCUGAAGAGAGAGCUUGGCAGAAAAAUAUUUUCUUAGUGACAUCUCUAUUUUUGUAGGAUUUCAUGUAAUAAUAUC